AUGGGAGGGCAGCUGUCAUGUUGUUCUGCCCCCAACUCGCCGAGCACCCGGCAGCGCCGAAGUCAUAAAAAGAACCAAAGGAAUUCCAUCGGAGGUUCCGGCGACGGGAAAAACCAGUCGUCCGGCCAGGCCGGUGGCGGCAGGAAAAAGUCCGGCUCAGCAUCCGUGUCACUGCAGCACAUCUCCGAACGUGAGCUAUGCGACGACGAAAUCGACCCGUCGACGGAUCCGACCAAGGGCGCAAUGUUCAUGCAACGGUCGAAGAGCGACAUGCAGAACCGCAACAACCGUCGGAGCGAAGUGUACCAGUCGCACGCCGUGCAAGGCACCCCCCGACUGAAAAAAUCCAACUCGUGCUCGACCAUCUACCUCGACGAUUCCACACUGUCUCAACCAAAUCUCAAGCACACGCUCAAGUGUGUCACCCUCGCCAUAUUCUACCAUAUCCGCAAUAGGAAAUCCAAUCGAAUUAUCGAGAUCUUCGACGAAUCCGUAUACCCGAUCAUGAAAGAGGACGUUGGCGCCUUGCGCGUCGAACCCGAUCAUCGCAUGAUCUACCGAUUUAUGCGAGCUCUGUUCAAUGCAGCUCUGCUCAGCGCGGAGUGCGCCAUCGUCACUCUUGUCUAUCUUGAACGGUUGCUAACGUACGCCGAAACCGACAUGAUCCCUGUCACGUGGAGACGGAUGCUUCUAGGUUCUAUACUGCUCGCCUCGAAAGUCUGGGACGACCAGGCCGUUUGGAAUGUCGACUACUGUCUCAUACUCAAAGAGACCAAGGUGGAAGACAUGAAUAAUCUCGAGCGACGCCUGUUGGAAUUGAUCGACUUCAACAUCAAUGUUCCGUCAAGCGUCUACGCGAAGUACUACUUCGAACUCCGGGCCCUGGCCGAGGAGAACGCCAUCGCGUUUCCUCCGGAGCCGCUGAGCCGAUCACGCGCACAACGACUCGAGGCCAUGUCGAGAUUUCUCGAAGACAAAGUGCUCGAGGACAAAGAGAAACGGUGGACCAGCCUCGAGAAUGUCAACCAUCAACCCAAACGGUCCACAGUGAUCAUUUCGUAG